AUGGUAGAGAGAUCAAGUAAUCCAUCGUCCUUGGACUUCCCGUACUUCGAGGAGGAACCCGCCCGCUUCACCGCAACGCUCCAGGCCUACCACGCAUUCAAAGUCCAAGGCGUCGAUGCAACUCUCGGCUACAUCCCAAACACCCUGGUACAGAGCAUCCCCUGGCCCAAAGAACAUUGGAUGAUCGACUCCAGGGCAAUCGUCCUACUCAGCCCCCCGGGCAAUGCAGCGUCCACACGCACCCAAGUCAUCCACAGCGCGAUCCACAGGAUGAUUGAAGCCGGGUAUACCGACGUCCUCAAAGGCUGGCGCAACGAGAGAUUCCCCGUCUACCGGCCCGACGGCGGCGUGAUCCUGGAGAUCGAACGGUCCGCGAGCGCGCUAUUCGGCAUUGUAACGAGCGGCGUGCAGAUGCUUUGUUACGUCAAGGAUGCGAAGAAUGGCAUCCGCCUGUGGAUUGCGAAACGCUCGAUGCGGAAGCAGACCUACCCUGGUAUGUUGGACUGCACUGCCGCCGGGGCCCUGAGCGCAGGAGAGUCGCCGCAAAGCGCCAUGAUCCUCGAGGCGACGGACGAGGCGUCGCUCGCGCGGGAGAUCAUCGAGAGUGGCAUGAAAUACGUCGGGACUAUCUCCUAUUUCCACAUGAAAGACUCGUCUCUUGCGUCGAGCGAGGGGUCCUCGACGGCGGUUCUGCUCCCCGAGGUCGAAUACCUGUAUGAGCUGCCGCUGGACGAAGGGACUGUUCCGCGGCCGAGGGAUUCCGAGGUCGAAGAUUUUCGGCUUUGGAAUGUGGACCAGGUGGUUGACGCCUUGGGCAGGGGAAGCUUCAAACCGAAUAGUGCGGUUGUGGUCAUUGACUUUUUCAUUCGCCACGGUGUCAUUACACCAGAGACGGAGCCAAUGUAUGAUGAGAUUAUAAGGAGACUGCAUCGAGAACUGCCGUUUCCUACAGCACACUGGUGCACUGGUGCCUGUGGAAGACAGGCAAAACCCGAUUCAUGCAUGCCUUAG